GGCUCAAGCGCGUCCCAAACGGAGCUUAUCGUUUCCUGUACGACAAUAAUGUGUUUUGACAGUUUGAGAGCAAGACUCAAGCGCGUUACUUACUAAAGUUUAGUUUCCCUGUAUGAUAACGUCUGUGUCCGUCGACCACGAAAGAAUCUUCGUUCUUGAAGGUUUCUACAUUUUUCUGUAUUAUUAAUACAAACCAACCCUCAAGGAAGAAACACAAGCAGCUGACAGAAAAGGGCCUGCAUUUUUUUGAGGGUUUGUGUGUAUCACGAAACACAAGCAACAACAGCCGGAAAGAAUCCGCAGCUGAUUCACUUGCGAUACGAUGGCAGCAGGCGGCAAAAUUCGCGAAAACAAAAAGGAAGAAUUUUUGGACCACAAAAAGAAGAAAAGAUGGGUUGAUGAGAAGUCCGGAAAUUAUUGCUUCAUGGUGUACCCAAGAUCCUUGUACGUAACUUGGGGACACCAGGAACACUGGGACUGGAAAUGCUUCAAGGAAACAAGCGACGACAACAUUGAAGUUGUCAAACUGAGUCACAUCUGCUGGUUGGAUGUGAGGGGAAAAUUCAAGAUGUCUGAUCUCUCAAAAGGUGCUAUGUAUGAAGUUGUGUACGUGGUGAAGUUGACAAAGGGCGCUGAUGGCUGGGAACUUCCUAUCACCUUGAGACUAUCUCUUCCAGGCGGAGAAGUUCAAGAACGAAAAGUGAGUCUGUUGGAGAAGCCAAGAGGAGAGUGGAUAGAGCUCAAUCUGGGCAGCUUUCGGGCGAGCGAUGGAGACCAUGGUGAGGUCUGCUUUGAUCUGUGGGAACAUGGAGGACACUGGAAAAAUGGGCUUCUUGUCCAGGGAGCAAUCAUCAGGCCAUGCAAUUAGUGUCAUGAAAGAAAAUUACCAUCCCUCUCCGUGUUCUUGUGUUACAUCACAUCACCCUCGGUAGUUCCGUUCAGAAAUAUGAACUUGUAUUGAUCACGUCCUGGACAAGAUGAAAGAAAUUAUUCCUAUAAAUUUAUAAUAAAACAAUUGUUUCUGAAGAUCCUCACAGAAAGAUUGUAGGAUUAGUUUUGGAAAAGUGGAAAAUAUAUUUUUAUUAAUACUUCGAGGAUUGUUAUUAA